AUGUGCUUUUUAAAAUUAUUAUUUUAUUUAAUUAUUUUUAAUAAUUAUUUUUGUUAUUCAUUCUCUUUUUCAUCAAUUACUGAUUCAAAGGAUAUUGAAAAAAUUGUGGAAGAAAAUAAAAAUGAAGAAAAAAUAUUUUUAAAUGAUAAAGAUCCUGAUAGGCCUUUAAUGUGUUAUCGAGGAAUUAAAUAUUUAAUUGGCCAAGAAGAAAUUGACGAUAAUAUUAGCUGUAAACGAAAUUUUCUUGAAAAAAGUGCGGGAAUGGAUAAAUUUUGUUAUAAAUUUACUAGUAAUUCUGGGGGAACUGAAUUUGUGAAGCGUGGAUGUUCAGUAAUGUUUUCCUCUUGGGGAAGGCUGCACAAAAAUGGAGUUUGAAGGUGUAGAGGGUGAAAUGUGUUGCUGUUCAGAUACUUCUUAUUGUAAUAAUGCAAAAACAUUUAAAAUUAAUAUUUAUUUUAUUUUUCUUUUAAUAUUUUAUUUUUUAUUUUUGUAAUAAAAUUUUAUUAAAAUUUUAAAUUGUUUAAUAGAAUUCCAGCUGACAAAAUUCUCUCUCUUACUUUUUAGUUAGAAAAAUAUGUAUUACAUCAAAUAUAAGAAGUGUGUGGAAGGAAAAAGAAUAGUCAAUUUGGGUCGAUUAAUCGACUAAAAGUGGAUGGCUGGAUGGCCAGUAGCUUCGAGAAUCAAUUCAUCGAUCUUAUUGAAUUGUAUGGAUUUUGGAGGGUUUUAUUGAAAAAUGGGUGAAGAGGUAGAGAGAGAGGUUGAGGAGUAGUUGGAAGAUAGUGAAGGGUUUUUUAGUUACUUUUAUUCCUUUUAGAUGAGAGAUAAAACGUCGUCUGUUAAAACACCGUGGCGGUAGUUUAGCCUCAUUGUAGAAAAUUAAAAGAGAA